AUGAUUGGAAUCUUACGUAUUAAUCAAAAUAAUAUUGACAUAAUUCAUUUAAGUUCAAAGGAGCACGUACCAUGUAUCUUGAGUAGUAUUUUCAAACAUUGUGAUGGUGUUAUUGAUUCAGUGUCUCGUGACGAUUUCGACUUCUUCGAAAAUUCUGUUGCGACAUUCUUAUGUUUGAAAUUAUGGUUGACAACAGAGUUCAUAGAAAAUAAGAAGGAUACAAGUGGUGAAACUAUUGAAUUGAUACGGCGUAUCCGACAGGAAGAAAAGCGUCACAAAGUCGUAAGUGGCAUGUUGAAAUUACUUGUUCAAAUCAACAGUCCAAUUAAAGGAUCAAAAUGGACUGAAUUAUUUAGCUUAGCUGGACCAAAUCAACUUAGUCUCGAACAUCUUGAACUAAUUACAUCAAUCGAAGCUUAUUUGAACUAUCUGAUUCCAAUUGCAAGUACAACACAACCGAAAAAUGUCGGUGGGGAGAGCAGCGCUGUUCAAUUAGUUCAAGAUUUUGUUGCAAAGAGCCAUUUUUCACGUAAGUCGACAUAA